AUGCAGUUGUUGCGAUGUGGUGCAGCACCUCCUUGGCCGCCCGGAAGGCGUGAGAGACGCGCUUGCACGUCGAGAGGUUCCCCCCGCCCGAUCGAGCUUUGCGAUUGGCCCAACUUCAUCGCUUCGACUCUCUGCUCCCUCCUCAACAUGGCCAUCCACGCCGACGAGACGCAGCGCAUGCUGGACGAUCCAGACGGCACCUACGAUCCUGGCGGACUCGACGAGGGUACCGACUACGACGAUGCCUUUGACGAUGCGCCACGCCCCUCCGCUCAAGUCAAGGAGCCCAAACCGCCCAAGGAGCGCCUCCCUGGCUCACAGGGAGUACGCAACGCGUUCAACAAGGGUGCCUACCUUCCCUGCCCUCCCCCCAGCCUCCCUCGGCACCGCCGCGCCCGCCGUCCCAAACACACCGAAGGACUCUUUCCGACCACUCCGGCCCACCUCACCUUCUUCACGCCCUCCGCCUACUGGGAGUACGCCAGGACUACGCCCAUCGAGCAGUCUCAGCGCCUCGGCUGUUGCUCCCGCGAGAACUCCGCCUGCUCUCGCCGUCUCGCGCUCCUCUUUGCCCACUCGAAGCAGGAGUGGCUCGACUCGUUCCCGCUCGGCCACGAGCGCUAUCAGAUCGCCCUCAUCCCCAACAUGAAGUGGUGGCGAGACUUCGAGAAGCAGCGAUGCGACGGAUCCGAGGUGCAGGACGCGGCGUUUCCGUCAGGCGAUGACUGGGACACGACGACGCACCAACAUCCGUCGGUCGAGCGCCGCCUUCGCCACUGGCGCAGAAUCCGCCCCAACUCGAUCAUACUCGUCGCCAACGCAACAGCCGUGUCGCACUUUCGCACAUGGUCAGGCGUACUUGCCGACGACCUCAUCGGGACUCUCGAGGGAAUCCUCGCCGCCAUCGGCGACAAGAGCAAGCGCGCCGAGCUCGAGACCCGCGUCCGUUCCAUCCCGACCGACCACGCCUCCCUCAUCGACUACGUGCACACCGAUGUCACAAACAUCGGCGACGACCCGUCUGCGCCACCUGACCAAUGCUACCUCGACCUCCUCGACCUGUUCUCCUCGGGCAACGGCAAGGGAAAGCAGAGCCACACAAUCGGACCGACCAAGCCCGAGGUUGGGACGGGCUUCUUGCAGGGCUCGGCGCUUCUCUCGAAACCCGAUGCGUCGUCGUUCGGCACGAGGCUCCGUGCGAGAGGAAUUCCGCAGGAACGGUGGGACAACCUCUACUCGAUGUUGCAGACGAUGACGGGCGAGGUCAACGAGCGGGUUGGAAUCAUUGCGGGCUAUGUGUUUCGCGUGGUUCUGCUGCCAGAAGAGCUUGAAGCCCUCGAAGCCCGCCACCAGGCGAACGGCACCCUGACGGGCGGCGACCCGCUCAACUUCUUCACAACGACGCUCCAAAUCAACCAUUCGCCGCUCUCAGCUCCGACUCGCCCGCCGAGACACGCCUCUCCCACACCUGGAUCAGCUGUCGAUGCGACGCAACCAUCGCCCGAUGGGACAGACGGCUCUCCGGCAGCGGCAACUCCAGUCGACGAUGGCCGCCGACACCUCGAAGUGACGAUCGGCGUCCGCUUUGGUGCUCCUCACUCCGACCACGGCGACGAAGUCUUUGGAUGGACGCUCCUCCUCGACUUCUCGAAGCUCCCUCCGGGCUCGCACCCGGGCUGUUUCUUCGACUUCCGGCUCGGCACCUUCUGCGAAUUCGAGCCGUACCGACGCCUCGUGUACUUCUUCCCUGGAGUCGCGCCUCACGUCGGCUCGGCGCCACGACUUCCGCCCGCCUCGUAUGCCAACCCGAGCUGGGCUCGGUCUACCCGCUCGGUCGGAGUUGCUUACCCGUCGUCGAUGGCGUUCCUCUCGCCUCCGCCUCUCGCGACCGACUGCAGAUCGCUUCACGAGGUGUUCGAGCUCGCAACCUCGACGCCCUCGGCCGCUCCGCCACUCCUCGCUCGCGGCGAAGGUGCCGCGUCGUUCGGAUCGACUCGCAACGUCGCCUACAUCCUGACACUCCUCCACGCCCAGCGUGAGGUCCGCGCCCUCGUCCGCGACUACCUCACCCGCCACGUCGUCCUCGCCACUCUCCCGCACCCGAUGGCGCCCGAGCACCUCAGAGCGUGGCACGACUGGGCGAAGAACAGCGGUCAUCUCGUCAAGGCUGUCCAACGAGCGGAAGAGAUCGACUGCUGGAACGGCAUCGUUCGGAGGAAGGCGCUCGAGCACAAGCUCGACUCGACUCGCCGCCGCUCGCUCCGGACACUCGAAGAGCAGCUCCACCUCGCCGACUCCCUCCACCUGCCCUCGCAUAGCCUCCACGAGCUGGGUGCCGAGUAUCUCGCCUCGCGCGGCCUCGUGCGCAACGAAAAGGGCAAGGCGUACGUUCGCAGCCGCAUCCCGCCCCUCCCGCCUCUCCCGCCGGCACUCUUCGCCCUCUCUUUCGACAUCGUGUCGCCCUUCCGCGGCGUCUGGGACCCGAGCGAGUUCGAGGGCGUGAACUUUGUCUCGUCCGACGCGCUCAAGCCGACAAAGGCGGAGGAAGCGCUCGCGCGCCAGCACGCGAUCGGACGGCCUGACGAGUGGAGGAAUGCCAUGAGCUGGCUCCUGGGGUUCUUCCGACGAUGGUCGGAGUGGACGGAGGACGAGUUUGGUGCGAGGGAUCGCUUUGUCGCUGCCGUGCAGGAGGCGCUCGCGAACGGCAAGUCGCUCUCAGCAAGGGACGUCCGCCUCCUCAGCCAGCGGGCUCGGGGCGAGAUGGCGGAACAGGUUCCAGACACGCUCACAAUUGGCGAGCAGAUGGACUUCAGCAAGGUCGUCGUCCAGGACGACCAGGAGGACGAUCCGUCGUUCUCUCUCGGUCCAAACGGCGCGUCUGUUCCGCAAAGCGCGCUCCUGAUCAUUCCCCAGCCGCCUCGUCCAGCCGUUGUGGCCUCGGCCAAGAAGCUCAAUGAAAUCGCCGCCGCCGAGGCCUCCUCCGGCGACGAUUCAAGCUCGAGCGACAUCGACAUGCUGGACAAGUUCGACCAGGCCCUCCUUGCACUCGCUGCGUCUCCGGUUGCGUCAACAUCUGCCUCGGCUGGCGCGAAACGUCUCGUCUCGCCGGCACUCGACGAGCCCCCCGCCAAACGCACCCGCUCGAGCACCGAGCCGUGUGCUUCGGCGAAGGAAGUACACAGCCUCGACGAGCGGACCGGCGUCAAGGUGGGCGUUACGGCUGAAGACGGAGGAGGAGGCGAGCAGGCGAGCGAGCGGCACGAGAACGAGGGCGAUGAAGAGAAUGACGGCGACGAUGAAGAGGAGGAGAACGAGGACGAGGACCACCCGGACGAAGCGGACGACGAGGGCGGAGACCAAGACCAAGAUGAGGAAGACGAUGGUCACAAGAAUGGGGUUCGGCGCUCGUUGAGGCAGGCAGCCGCCGCCAAAACUGCGCCCGAAUCGGCUCACAAGACCGCCAAGAAACCGGUCGCCCGAGAUUACUCGUCGGCAUCAGACGAGGAGAACGACAUCGAGGGCGGACAGGAUGACCCUCACGCUGCGAUGAUCCCCGCCGGGUUCGAGAAGUUCUUCUCCCUCGCCAAUGGGGACGCCCCCUCGCUCGUCACUCUCGGCGGCAAGCACAAGGCCAAGGCCUCGGCUCGGAUUGCGCGCUCGGCGCAGCAGAAGGCGACUACCGCCGGCAAAGAAGCAGCGCAGCAGAAAUCGUCGGAGGGCGAACCGCCCGUUCUCGACCUCGUGCGGACGGCUGCCGACGACGCGGACGAGCCGAUCUUGCGCACGCCGGCCGAUGCGGCCGCCAUCAAACAGUACCUCUCGCGAGCCAUCACAGACGGUGUCGACGAGCUCGACCCUGCUCACUUCCAGACCGCGAUCAACAACGUGACGUCUGCCCCGGUACCGCUCGAGGAGGAGCAUCUCAUGAUCCUUUCCGACGACGACUCGUCGAUCAUUGCGCUCGCCUCAACUCUCACCCCAUCGGCUCCGCGCCGAUCCCGCGCCACCUCCCUCGCCGCCGACCUCGCCGCCGCUUCGCUCGUUGCGAGGUGCCGCCUCGCACUCGCAGACGCAGAGACGGGUCGAUUCGUCGCCGAAACGCUGUGGCCCUGGAUCCUCGCGGACCUCGACAAGACGCGGUGGGACGAGCUGCCGAGUGGCGCGACGGGCGACUGGGGCGCCGGCAGCCAGCGCUGGGAACGAGUCAAGGGCGCCGCGCGUGAUAUGGCAACGCGCUCGACGAUGACCUCCUCCUCCCGCCGACGCAAAGUGGUCCAAGACAACAGCGGCGUGAUGGCCUUGCCCUUCCUCGUCGACAGCGCCGACGGGCAGGUCGAGUACUGUGUACUGCGCGCACGAGGCGUGCAGGUCAAGCGGGGCAACGAGGGUCGGAUGCGCUCGGUCGUCGGAGACAUCCUAUUCCGCUUCCUCCUCGCCCACUCGGUCUUGUCACCCGAAGCACGACUCGCACUCCCUGCACCAGUUGGCACGGCAGACCGCGCGACUGUCCUCGACCCAGCCGCAGCCGUCGUCGACAAAGAGCUCUCGCUCGUGAUCAAGUCGGCCUUCCUCGCUGCGACACUCCUGCACGGCUUGCAAAGUCCCUGCAUCUUCCUCUUGCCGCCCAUCCUCGACAUCAUCCGGUUUCCGCAGAGCUGGAAGACGGACGAGCGAGCAGCACGGACACACGCUCGCAGCGCCUUGGACGCGACGACUUCGCCCGCCUGGCGACACGCGAUCGCACACCUUUCGCAGGAGCAGGACGUACUCAGCUCGAUCGACAAGCUCUACGACGCCCUCCCGUCGUCGCUGCGGCAGACACUCGCGCCUUUUCAGCAUGAGCCCCUGCCGUCCAUCACCUUCCCGCCAUGGCGUCUGCUGCAAGCCGUGACCAUUCGCCCGGCAGAGCCGUACACGUUCGACGCCUUUCUUCGCCAACUUCUAGUGAACGACUCGGCGAUCGCACGCCCAAGCAUCCGCCUCAACCUCCCUGCACCAGACGAGCGACCGCGGAUCUCCGUCCUCAAGGGAUCAUGGCCUGGCCGACCGACCAAGGUCGCCAAGGUAAAGGCGGAGGCGGAAGAGCUCAAUUAUGGCGAGGAACAGCGAUGGUUCGCCUUCUACAUGCGCGAGUGGUCCAUUGCGAUGGGCAUCAUCCCGGACGACUCUGCGACCUGGUGCAAGGACGUCACGGCGCUCGAAGGCUUCCGCAAGUUGGUCAAAGCGACGCCGGACAAGUUCUGCCCCUUCAGGGAACAUGUUCCCGCUCGCCGCAUCUUCAACUUCUCACAGACGACGCCGAUCGCACAACAGGCCAUCAGCCUCGCUCUCGGACGUAGCUGCCUCAUCGGCUCGCACCCCCAGGUCCUGCAAGACAUCGCACAGUCGCACCCGAACGGCUGGGCAACGAUCGAAGAGUGGGAAGAAUGGAUGGCGAGGCCGGAUGUUGCGCAGGCGAUCGCCGAGGGCCGCCUCGGCAACAGCAGGGCGUACGGCACGGCUGUCGGCCAGAUCGGGUUCGGCAAGACGUACCUGAAGCGCUUCGCUGACUUCUUCCGGUACAUCCCGGACUUCGUCCAAACACUUCAAGCCGCACGCGAGGGAGACAAGCCGGCGCCGUUCCUCAGGGCGCUCGACAUCCUGACGAAGCUCAAGAAGCGCGGCAGCGGCAACAAGCAGCUGGUGGGACUGCAGGGCGAGAUUAUCGCACUUGUCUUUCUCGGCGACCUCAGCAAGAUCGGCCUCGUCGCUCCGCCGUCAGCAGAUGACAUCUACGCAGCCGCGUGCACGUUCAGCAUCGGCGGUCGUGCCGGCCUCGCGCGUAUCGGGUUCGAGCAGGCGUACGGCAGUCGCGCGCUCGGUAUGCUCCACGGGGUCCUCAACGGAGCACCCGAAGACGGCGGACCACCCGUGGAGUUCGUACAAGGCUGCGCAAAGCUCGGCAUUGACCUCGACGAGCUCGUCGGCGAACAUGCGAGCUGCAAGUUCACCCGCGGCGAUCUCGACAAGGUCCGACUCGACUCGUGGUGGCACGAUGCUCCGCAACUCUUCAACCUGGACGCGCGUGUGUGGAGGCUCGGACGGGAAGCCCAGGGAGGGAGUUGGCCGGAGGAGGAGAUGCUAGUCCUGUAA